UUCCGGUCUCAUAUGAACAUCCUGAGCGUUGAAUGCGUGGUGGGCAUUCCUAUAUCACAACAGAACAAUACUCGUACGUCGGCGCUAGCGUUCGAAGCGCGCUUGCAUCGAGCAUUUAAUCGUUUUCAAAACAAAAACUGAACCAAUUGUUCCAAUUCGAAAAAAAAAUCAUAACGUGCAAACAUAAGGCCAGUAAUCACAAACAUUGCCUGAAGCGGUGAUUCUUAACGGAACGUUUUAACAUUAAUUUCACGGGAAGAUUGAAAAAAAAUGUAGUUUGUGUUGUGAUUUUGUGAUAUAUAUCCAAUGAGAGGUGGAUUGAUUUUGAACAUGAUGCUGGUUGAAAAAUUAAUAUGUGUCACGACACUGAUCACUGCGAUAACAGCGGUCCAAAUCCAGAACAAUCCAACAUCAGAAAUGUCUACGGACGAGAAAACUUUUAUUAAAACCAACAAAACUGGCGAACAGUCUGACGAGAGUGGACACGAAGUAGAAACAGAAGUGGAAGACAAGAAAUUCUUAGAAGACGCUCUGAAAACAGUACUAGACCCAAAUCCAAUACUGAUUGCAAAAAAUGACGAUGUUGUAGAAACAUUUAAAAUACAACUCGAUGAAGUCGACAAAGAAAAUAGUACUAUUGAAUUAUUUAUGGACGAAAUGGAUAAUAUGAGCUUAGAAAUUUGUAAAAUAUCGCAAGAAGCAAUUUGGGACUACAUGACAGAUACUAACAGCGAAGUGAAAAAAAACAAAAUGGUUAGAAUUGCAGCCGAAGUGGAUGAAAUAAAAAAGCAAUACUGGACAAUUUUGAAGAAGAAAUAUUUAAAUGAUCUAGAACCUUUAAUAGAUUUGAAACUCAAUAGGAAAAUUAGAAUUAUAAAAGAGCGAGGCAUUAACGUGCAGAUGCCGCAGAGUAAACAACGCGAAGACAUUGAUACAAUGCAACGUAUUUGGAGCAGAGUGUCGGUAUGCGCCUACAAUACAACUGUUUGCAAUAACGAGGAUACGCAGCGGACAAUGAAUGAUAUAAUAACAAUUUUCAAAACUAGUAACGAUACCGACGAGCUGGCAUACUAUUGGAAAGCUUUUAGAGAUGCUACUGGGAAAAUAAUUAGACCGAUUUUCAAAGAUUACGUCAUUAAAAUGAACAAAGUCGCCGUGUCAGAAAAUUUUAGUGACGCUGGUGAAAUGUGGCGGUAUACUUUCGAAGAUGAUGACUUCCCGGCAACCGUUGAUCGUGUUUGGAAUGAAAUCAAACCGUUUUACAAUCUACUACACGAUUACGUAAGAGUUAAAUUGAGGAUUUAUUAUAAGACGGUAUUAAGUGACAGUGAUAAACUAAUACCAGCUCAUAUUUUAGGCAACAUAUGGGCUCAAGAAUGGCAGGCUAUAUAUGACAAAGUUGCAGCAUAUCCACAUGUUGAAAGAGCAACAGUUCCUCAAAACCAAAGCAUUCGUCCCAAAGAUCUCUUUAACGCCGUUGAUGAAUUCCAUCAGUCCAUUGGGUUCGAAAGUGCCAAAGAAUCGUUUCAAGAUAUCAAAGAGACAUCGAUAACGGAUAAUUGUUUGCCCUCGAGCCACGACAUGUGCGACGGUGUCAAUUACAAAAUUAAUUGGUGCGGUGACAAAAUAUCAGACGUAACAGCAGCAUUGUCUAAAGCUGCGAGACUAUUGGAUCAUGUGCAGUACUUCAAGCACUAUCGCAAUCUCCAACCACUAUACAGAGAUGGGCCUAAUCCAGCCUUCCACGAUGCAAUCUCUGACAUCGCAGCGAUGCAACUGACCUCGCCGAAGAAUCUUCAAACCUUGAACUUUGUAAAGGUAGCGUCUACUCCUGAGUCUACGAUCAAUCAUUUACUGUGGUUGGCGCUUGAAACUUUUCCACUCAUGGCUCAUGCAUAUAUUCUCGACAAAUGGAGGUGGGACGUCUUUGCCAAUAGCACUAUGGAAGAUUGGAACAAACAUUGGUGGGAGCUAAGAAUACGAGAAACAGGCAUAUCACCUCCAGUGCCUCGAGAUGAAAGCGAUUUAGACCCGGCAGCCAAAUACCAUGUGGUUUCUCAUGUCCAGUACAUUACGUUCCUGAUUUCACACGUACUGGAGUUCCAAAUCCUUCUAUCACUAUGCAAGAGAGCGAAUCACACUGGACCUUUACACGAAUGCUCCAUAUACGGUGUUAAGGAAGCAGGAAAAGUGCUAAGCGAUGGAAUGUCUCUCGGAGCAAGUGAAGACUGGAGAACAGUACUACACACAAUGACAGGUGAAACUGAACUAUCAACGAAAGGAAUCCUAGAAUACUUCGCAGCCCUAAAAGAUUUUCUGAAAGAAGAAACAGCUAGAUUAGAAAGGAACCACGAAGAAAUGGAUACAAGCGCCCCUAUCAUAAUAGGGAUUGUAGUAAUAGUUUUAGUUAUACUUAUGUUUAUACUUUACUGUGUAAAGAAAAGAGACUCGGCUUUGAAAUUACUUUCUUACUGUGGGUUGAGUAAAAAUGGCUCUUUAGAUAUAGUAACCAGUGAACUGUCUCAUAGAAAGUCUAAUGACGUAGUUGGUGUGAGUGAAGAUAAAGUGUGAUAUAUGACCCCAUGUGUUUAUUAACUUUUAUAAUUUAGAGUGAUUUCAGACUAGCGUAUUUUUUUUCCCGUACUUAUACGGUCGUUUCAGAAAAUACCAGACUCGUGUUAAUGGGCAUAUUUCAGCGUAUUCACCCGAACCGUGUCAGUACAUAUCAUUUACGAGCUUAGGAGCGCGUCAACACUCGUACGAGUUGAGGUCCGUUUAUAUCUACAGACACAGUGCGUCAAAGACCAGUACGGCACGGUAAAUGUCUGUAGAUAUAAACGGACCUUAGAGCGUGUGCCAAUAAGCGCCUACAUGCGCUUCCAAAAUCGAGCUCAAACGCGCGUAUAAAACGCUAGUCUGAAACCGCCCUUAGCAAUACGAGUACGUAUCUACGAUUAAUUUUUGAUUUGCAAUUGUAUUGGGACAUUUAUGAACAUUUUGAAUUGAUAAUAUAUUUAACUGAUUUAUCUUAUUUAUAAGCGGCUAAAGCUUCAAUUUGUCACCGAGUGUUUCCUUGCUUAACUGGAAUAGACAGUGGAGUGAAGUUAUAAGAGGCUUCAGAGUCAAUAUUCAUCUUUGUCUACUAGGUAUUUGUUGUGAGAACUCCUUUUUUUAAUUUCUUAUUAACGAGGAUUUGUGAAAAAGUAGAUACAAAUCUUAAACCUUUGUGGCUAUUGAGAGGAUUUAUAUAGUUCAGGAUUAGAUUAUUAUAGUAGAGGUAUAUUAUGAUGUAAAUAUUAAAAAAUAAAGUAAAUAAACAAAUGGU